AUGUCCUCGUCAUCCAGUGCGCCGCAACGGGAGCAGCUGCAGCAGCAGGUGCCAUGGACCUUCUCCGCAUAUCACACUGUGGUGCUCACAGAGUUUGUGAGCGCCCUCCAAGCUGAAGUGCGUCGCCAGCAAGACGCCUACGACCACGCGGUAGAAAUGCUUAACGCAAGCGUGGACACGGGCCCAACCAGUGACAUGCUGGAGCUUGGCAUUCCUCUGCACGCCACACAUGAAGAACAGGUGCAGGUGCUGCAAGAUAUGUAUGCGCUGGCCACGCUGGAUACCAGGGCGCUUGUCGCGCUGGGGCCUUACCGACUGCUGUACACGCUAAAGGCAAACAUGACACGUAUCGAAGACGAGCGUCGAGCGGGCGCUGUGGCAGCGGGGAACGGCACUGGUGGAAGGAAGAUGCGCCUCGACAGGCCCCCAUUCGUGCUCAAGUCGGAGACGAGCAUCGGCACAACAGCCCUGGAGUGCAAUGAGGAUAGUCCGACACCAAAGCACCCUGUCGUGCCGCCGCUGUCGGUAAGAAUCAAAGCGGAGCGCAUCGACAACGACAUGUAUGAGGGAGUAGCGCAGCAGCAGCAGUUCCUCAGUGAGCAUUCUCCUCUCGCUUCCCUAUCCCUGUCCCUCACUACUGCGACGCCAGCGCUGAUGCCAACCAAGGAGGAGCGCCAUAGCACUAAAGGUGCCACGGUGAGCUCUGUGGGCGGCGCUGGUGCGGGCGGCUUGGGUGGUGGCUGCCCUCCCUCAUGGGUGACGCUGAAAAAGGAAGCGGCACAGCCACCACUGUCGAAUGGCACCUACAACGGCGCCUACUUCGUCCCCUGUCCCACUCCGACCGGCGCGCCACUCGCCCGCUAUGUGUCCUUGUCGGCUCGUUCACUCUCCACCAACAACUCAACACAAUCACCGUCCGCACCACUGCCCACGCUUGUCGCGCCUGUGAGCUCUUGGACCAAAGUGAUGAGCAGUACGAAUGGGAAGAAGCGUCCAGCAGCGUUGUCGUCGCAGGUACCCAAGCGCUGUCGCUCAGUGACCACGUCGCAGGCAAACGCUGUUGCCGCGGACAAGGAGUUAUUUCUUUCGCAAGCGCAGCGGCCGAAAGUCGCCUGUAUGCAGAACCGCGUGCGUCUCCUCCAUGGGCCACACCCACCCUCUUCCCCUUCGAAGGAGACGCGGGAGGGGGACCGCGCACUGCAGUUGUGGUGGCGUGUGUGGCCCAAUUUCGCACCGAUGUGGUUACCAGACGUGAGAAAAAGUGAGCAGCAACAGCGCACCACAACAGCACCGCCUUCCAUCCCACACGAGUGCGUUCGGCCGACUCCUGCCAUGGUCGCGGCGCUGAUCCGCGUUGCUGAGCAAAACUACGAGCGGGAUUGUGAGCGCUGCGCGGCAAAGCAGGCGUAUCUCACAACGAUGCUAGACACGCCGGAGUCUCUGAGGGUGAGUGGUGUGGCACUAAGCACGGCUGACGCAAAGAAUGCCGGGCAAGCGACUCUCGAAACAUCGCUGGUAUCGCCUGAUCCACAAGCGCUGCGUCAACUCCAAGACGAGCUGGCGAGCGCGCAGGCGAAGCUUAACAGUGCGUACGCCGAGCGGCUGGCGCUUCUCCGAGAGCUGAAAGCAGCGCUGCAGGAUGAAUCCGUAGUGUGUGUCGAUGGGGCCACAGUGUCUGAGGCUGGUGAGACGAAGCAUGCUGCUCCUUCCCCAGUGUCGCGCGCGCAGCACCGCGCUGCAUCGCCAUCGGGCGGCCUAAAGAGGAGCCAGCGGUCUAGCUCGACUCACUAUGCGACUCGUGCCUCUACCGCUAUCGACGUCGAGGCGAGGAAUGCUGACCGCAGAGGCGAGGGGGAGGCGGUGUCCGAUAUAUCCACGAAGAGCGCAGCGGCUGGCGUAGCCGCUCUGGAACUGCUUCACUCCGCUCUUGCAGACCCCACAUCGCUGCUGCAAAAAGCCUACAAGGCGCGCGACUCCCUCGCGUUCUGUUCCAGCGAAGUGGCCUCCUCGGCAAGGACACGCGGGCCCCGCUCGCAGGCCGCGUCCGAGGAAACCUGGGACCUGCCAAACGGCAUCAUCGGCAUCAACUUGCCGUCCUUGGAGCACGACCGCAACGCGCCAGACCUGAUGGAGUACCUUUGGCCAGAGGACUUGGAUGCUCUCAUCCGGCAUGAGCUGCGUGGCGUCGUUAGUGCCAAGAGUCACAACCCCGAAGCGCGCAGUGUUCACGUGGUACUGUCAGCGGCGCAGGUGCGGCAGCUCGAGGAAGCGGCGUGUGCCGUGUCCACUGGGGACUCCGCUUCUCAACUACAAGUGGUGGUGCUGCCGGUGGUGGCUGGCAGCCUCAUGGCGCACCCCAAAUUUGUCGAAAGCGGCUGGCUCUACGUGCACGGGCGUGGCGAAACAAUUGGUGCUGAAGUCGAACUCAACUGA